AUGGCGCCCGCGCCCGCGCCCGCGUCCGCGACGACCGCCGCGUUCGACCGCGUCGUCGCGGGCGCGCGAGCCGAGCUCGGCCUGCUCGUGCAGACGUCCUCGCCGACGACGAAGUCCAUCGCGGCGACGCUCGCGGCGACGUACGUCCUGAACCUCCUCGCGCCGUCGCUCGCGUCUACGUUCGCGCUCGUCCCGGAGCGAACGAUCCCGUUCUGCGUCUGGAACGUCUUCACCGCGGGGUACUACGAGCAGUACCUCGCCUCCGCGGUCGUCAACGUCCUCGGGACGCUGUACCUGGGACGAUGCCUGGAGCCGAUAUGGGGCGCGGAGGAGCUCGUGCGCUUCGUCGUGCUCGUCAACCUCGCCGUCGGGUGCGCGGCGUUCGUCACCAUGUACCUGCUGUACGUCGCGACGUACUCGCAGUUUUACAUCUUCGCCAAGUUCAGCGGGUUCCACGGCGUGCUCGUCGCGCUGACGGUUGCGGUCCGGCAGCAGCUCCCGCUCGACCGCGUGCCUCUGCCGAACCCGCUGUACGCCGUUCUGAAGAUUCGAAACAAGGACGUCCCGGGCCUGUACUGCGCCGGCGCCGCCGCGCUGUGCGUCUUCAGCGGCGCGGAGCACCACCACAUCGGGCUGUACCUCUUCGUUUUGUACGGCGCGUUCUUCGGGUGGGCGUACCUGCGAUACUUCCAGCCGCUGCGGCGACGCGACGCGAACGGGAACGAGAUCGUGCAGAUCGGCGACGACCGAAGAGAGAUGUCGUUCGCCGCGCAGUUCCCAGAGUUUUUGGAGCCGCUCGUCGCGCGGGCGACGGACCCGCUGCACGGCGUGUUCUUCGGCGAAAGGAGGGGGGUACAACGCGGAAGUAGCGGAGGUGGCGGCGACGGCCACGCGGGGGCGUCGUCGCUGACGGGGGUGAUGAUCGACGACGACGACGCGGCGGCGGCGGCGGAGGAGGAGUUCUCCGAGGAGGAGCGGGAGAGGAAACGGGAGCGCGCGGCGAAGGGCGCGGCGAUGCUCGAGGCGAGGUUGAAGGCGAAAGAAGUGCCGCCGCCGCCGCCGCCGCCGCCCGCGGAGUAG